CUGAUGACGCAGCAGCUAUGUUAGAGAACCAAUCAUCUGGUCGGUGAGGGUAGAGGCAAAGCAGGCUCGCAGGAUGUGUGCAGGGUGGGUGUAUAUAUGGACUAAUGUAGCCUGACAGACCAAACCGCGGCCACAAACUCCUCAACCCAUCAAGAUCCUCAGGUCUUUUGAGGGUAAGGUCAAAUCAUCAUGGCUGCAUCCUCCCAACUGUUCAGGGGCAUCCACUGCAGGAAAUUGGGUCGAAUCUUGCUACCAGCCAUUACAUGCCAAACCUGCUGCCAGUCUUCUCAUCCAACUCAGCCACACCACUUUAGUCAAAGAUGGCACCAGUCUCGAGGAUACAGGUCCUCAGCAGCAUGGCACACCUACAACCUGACCCCACCUCAGGUUAAUAGCAUUUUAAAAGCUAACGAGUACAGCUUCAAAGUUCCUGAGUUUGAUGGCAAAAACCUCAGUUCAGUCAUGGGCUUUGACAGCAACCAGCUACCUGCGAAUGCACCAAUUGAGGAUCGGCGAAGUGUGGCAACAUGCUUGCAAACCCGUGGCAUGCUUUAUGGCGUAUUUGAUGGGCAUGCAGGCUGCGCCUGUGCGCAGGCACUCAGUGAACGGCUCUUCUACUACAUCGCCAUUUCAUUGCUACCACACGAGACGUUGGUGGAGCUGGAGAAUGCAGUGGAGAGUGGCCGACCCCUUCACCCGAUUCUACAGUGGCACAAACAUCCCAACGACUACUUCAGCAAGGAAGCCUCACGCCUCUACUUCUCCAGCUUGCGCACAUAUUGGCAGGAGCUACUGGAUCUGAGUGUUCCCGGGGAGCAGCCUGAUGUUGCAGAAGCACUUGUGAGUGCCUUUAAAAGGUUGGACAAUGACAUAUCACUUGAAGCCCAAGUUGGUGACCCUAAUGCUUUCUUGCACUACUGGGUUCUUCGCGUAGCAUUCUCAGGUGCUACUUCGUGUGUUGCGCAUAUAGAUGGUAACGAGUUGCAUGUCGCCAACACUGGAGAUGGGCGUGCAGUGCUAGGCGUACAGGAACCUGAUGGCUCUUUUUCCGCACUCACACUUACCAAUGACCACAAUGCACAGAACGAAUCAGAGGUGCAGCGCGUGCGGUCCGAGCACCCGCUUUCUGAGGCCAAGACUGUGGUUAAACAGGAUCGCCUUUUGGGGUUACUCAUGCCCUUUCGCGCAUUCGGAGACGUAAAAUUCAAGUGGAGCAUCGAGCUCCAGCGUCGUGUUCUAGAGUCCGGUCCUGAUCAGCUCCAUGAGAAUGAACAUGCCAAGUUCAUCCCACCCAACUACCACACGCCACCCUACCUUACAGCAGAACCAGAGGUGACUCGACAUCGUCUCCGUCCACAGGACCGGUUUCUUGUUGUGGGCUCGGAUGGGCUGUGGGAAACGCUGCACAGGCAGGAGGUGGUGAGGAUUGUUGGUGAGCAUCUCACUGGAGUGCACCAGCAGCAGCCGGUCAGCGUUGGUGGCUUUAAGGUGACCCUGGGUCAGAUGCAGGGCUUGUUGCAGGAGAGGAAGGCUCGCAUCUCCUCUACAUUCGAGGAUCAGAAUGCAGCGACACACCUGAUUCGGCAUGCGGUGGGGAGUAAUGAGUUUGGGAUGGUGGAUCAUGAGAGGUUGUCAAAGACGCUAAGCUUGCCAGAGGAAUUAGCUCGCAUGUAUAGAGAUGAUAUCACGAUCAUUAUAGUGCAGUUUAACCCACAUGUCAUUGGCGGACAGUAGAACUGGACAUCUGCUCUUUAUUUCACAUGCUUUCUGUUACAUACAGUAUAUCAUCAAUUCUAGUGCACAAUCUCAUCACUGUGUCGGGAAUAUCAGCACAGCAAAAUGUGUCCUAUACCAGUGGAAUGUAUUAAUUUGUGUAUAUUUUUAUGUUUGUUUUUAUUUUAACAUAUUCAUGGCAGCUGCCUUGAAGGGGAAUCCUAAUAUAUCAGCGGGUAUGCAGUUGAUCAUUGUUAUGUUAUAUGUGGCAUUGAAUGCAGAAAAAGUUGUGCUGAACCCAUUUAUCAUUGUUAAAAUACAACACACAAUCAAGACUGGAACUUAAAUACCUGUUCAAAUGUACUAAUAUAAGUUAAGCACCCUUUGUACUGUGGAGAGACUAUUAAUGGGCAUGAUGACUGUAAUAUGCCAAAAUCUGCUUGUAUGUAAAACCUUGUAGGCUUUUAUUUUUUAUUUUAAUGUAUUUGUUUUGAAUGGAUUAAUGAAUGAAAAAGUAAAUUAAUACAAAGGUCAUGUAAACAUGGUGAGAGAAUGAGAUAUAUAGAAUGUGAUAUGACUAAGAUACAAAGCAAAAUAUGUCCAAAUAAGUACUUUUUACACUUGAAUGAUCUGUAACUGAGAUAUGGCUGUUUAAUGAUGAAGUUGCCUUAAUGUAUUAUUUAAGCUCUUGUGAAGUUUUUAAAUUUUCUUCCCUCUCUCCCUCUCUAUCUUUUUUUUUUUUUUUUUUGUCCUAUGCUACUACUUACCCUGGAUAUAUUGAUUACAUAGAAAGGAAAGCAGCAGCAAAGUGUUGUUUUUGGUGUGGAUUUCAGAAUCGCCCUUUUCUUUCUUUUUUGAUUAGUAGGUGCUCUUACUUGUAAAACAUGCCUUUUAGUAGAUACUUUUUCUUCAUCAAGCAUGUCUUGUAGUUCAAGGGUCAUGGAAACAUGGUUUGCUCAACCCACCAACCUUCUCAUUACUGUAAAGAUCCUGAUAACAAAGUAGUCAGAGGUCUGUUUUUUCACAGAUUUAUUUGGAACCAGAGGUUGGGGCUUGCAAAGUAGGGUUAUUGACACCACAUACCAUACAUACACUCUCACUUUUAAAGCACAAGCACACACAAACCCACCUGUAUGCUACAAUGACACUACAAUACGCAAAUGUAAACCUGAAGGAUUUGCUUUUGUGGACUGUUUCUUUGAUUUCCAAAUUGCAAGUUUUUUCAAGUGUUAUUACAUUUGAUGUUAUUACCAUCCACAGGGCAAACAGUUUAGAACAUGGAGUAUUAUUUGAGUUGUGUUAUAAAGCAAGGUUAAAGCCAUAAUCUUGUGUGUGCGAUUGUGUGUGUGUGGGUGCGUGUGAUUUGUACUUUCCUGUCUUCAGUCUGUACUCUUGCACAAGAAAGAACACAGCUGAUUACCACAUGAAAUGUUUGGAAUGAUAGUCAAUCAGAAAAAAAAGUGUUUUUAAAGGGAUAGUUCAACCAAAAAUUGAUUUUCUCUCAUCAUUUACUCACAUCAUUUGGUGAAUCACAAAAAACACAACAAGAAGAAUGUUAAAGUGGAGGCUGACUGAGCAGGGAGGAGAAUUUAUAGUAAAAAAGGAUUGAUCUGUUUCUCACCCACACCUAUCAUAUUGCUUCUGAAGACAUUGAUUUAACCGCUGGGGUCAUAUGGAUUACUUUUAUGCUGACUUGUGUGAUUUUUGGAGCUUCUUAAUUUUGGCACACAUUCUCUUGCAUUGUAUGGAACAGAAAAAGAAAGUCAUACACAUCUGGGAUGGCAUGAUGAGGGUGAGUAAAGGAUGAGAGAAUUUUCGUUUUUGGGUGAACUUCCUUUAAGGUAAUAACGUAAUAAAGGUAGGGGUCACGAGUUUGCAGAAGUGUAAAUAGAGACUGCUUUUUCUUGGAAAAGCAAUUGCUUAAAACUUGAAGUGAAUGUAUGCUGCAGCUUGUUAGGUUUGAAAUGUAACACUUAACAAAAUUUUGCAGCAUGUCACAAGUGUAUUUAACAAUAUUCUAUUUGCUGGUGCAUGAACAUGCCUUGUGUGAGUACUCUUUUUGUAUUUAGAACGUUUUAAUAAAAAUGUUUUAAAUUUCA